GAACGUCCGUGGGAAUUUCAUCGCGAAUAUUCCUUGGCAAAAGGAGAGGGCAAAUUUUGCAAGCAGAAUGUUGUUGCACGAAGCGGACGUGUAAUGGUUGCGCGUCGCAAUCCAAAAACAUUGGAAACGAUUUAUCGCGUGCCAUUCUCCUAACAAAAACUCGCUACGUACGUGCAUACUACCGCGCAACUCCUAUUCGCCAACGAUACGAGGUUGCAUCGUAAGUUCGUUUCGACGUUGAUGUUCCGAUGCGAGCAUCUUUAUACGCGAGACGAACGGAAGCGAGGAAAUCGGAGUUGGAAGUGGACGUCGUCGAAGCUCGCGUGUAAAAAGCACCGCGCGAACGAUCUAUGGUUAUCGGAAGAGGUCGCGGAUAAACGAUCCAUCUAUAGCUCGCUCGUAGCCAAAAUUAAGAGAGAAGAGAAUAGAAUAGCGCGAUUAUCGCGUAAACAGUUUGCACAAUGCGGUAUUGCAGAGACGCGUUACUUGCUGAAACUACCACGCACGUACCCUGCUGCUGGUACGUAGCCAGUACCGGUUCGCGUAAUUCAUAGAUUCGCGUGGCAGACGCGGAGAGGUCGAAAAGUCGAUUCGCAACUGCCGAUUGGACAUACACGCGUGCAAGAAAUUCUAAGCAUCGGCGCACGCGAUCGAACGACGCGCGUCUAUCGUUGCUUGAAAUUGCGAGAAAGAGAAAAGCGAGGAGCGCGGAUAACCUUUUUGUGCGAAGGAACGAGAAGCAGAAGGACAGCUUGGAAAAAAGGGUUACGUUGUGCUCCGGGCUAUAAUCCCGCCGCGUCGACUCUCGCACGGCGAACGCGAUAGCGAAAGAAUUUCUCUGCCGCUUCGAUCACAUCCCGCCGCGUUCUACACGAAAUCUAAAAUUAACCGUUUGCACGAUGGCUCGAUUCGCGAUCGUCGUGAACGAGUUACGAACGCGUAUAUUCGCUAAACUUUUUCCUCCUGUGACGCACAUAAAUUAAUUUAUGUUAAACGUGUUUGCGGCACAUCGAACGAUACAUCGUGUUUACUUCGAACGCGAGGUUCGCGCUGCACGGCUAUUGUGGUUUUUGCUCGACGAAUUAAGGGAAAAGAGGUCGACACGCCGGUUCGCGAUCGCUUCGAGCUGUCUCGAGGUUUCAAGGUGCAACGAAAAACGUUUCGCCGCAGCCGUACAUGGACCAAAGAAGCGAGACGCUCGGUGUUCUGCCAUGCUCGAUCGAACGUCGAUCGAGCCUUGUCGCGAAAUCGCCGAUCAACGAAACGUUCGUCCGUCUUUACCGCGUGUUGUCGUUCUCGCCUCUUGUACCUGUUAGGAGAAACGCGAGCAACGCGUUGAUCGUCGUUCGUUAUUAUCGUCAUCGUUGAAUCGAUUACAGGCAAAGCGAGAUCCUUUUCUGCCGAUAUUCCACGAAUAACUUGCGAAAGCGCGAUUCGUCGCUAUCUUACGCGUAUCCUUGACAUUAUUCGUUCCUCUCCUCGAGAAAAGGUGUAGCUACGUUAGGUGGAUUUGGCCGGCGGAUCGGGUCUCUAUACUCCAAAUGGUCGGGACCAUUACAUAAACUUUCGUGUUUUCGCGAAGACGGCAAAAGGGAGUGGCCGUUCGAAGGAAAACGAAACUCGCCAACGAUCCGUGUCAUCGACGGAUCGCGUUCCAGAUACAAAAACGGAUAAUUAAGAUCGCGUUGUUACGUACGACGAUGUUACAACCUCGCGUUCGACACAGAAGCGACGAUCGUUACUUUUUUUUUUUUUACGUUAAUGAUUCGUAAAAAAAAAAAAUCGUAUGAAACGAGCGGUCGGCGAGGCGGAAACGUGACAUUUACGUCGUCGCGUCGAUUCACGUCGAUUCACGCUUCUUCCGAACCGACAAAAGCUUCUCCAUCGCGUCCCAGCAACGCGCAACUACGUCAACGAUGUCCCGCACAAGGUUGAUCUUUUUUCCAGUUACGUCGACGACGCUUCCAGCGACUCAUCGCGAUCGUUAAUUUAUAAAAAUUUUGCGGUUUGACAGGAUUCCUGUUUUUUUGACUCGACUGUUAUUCGCGUCGAUUUAUAACCUCCAUUAUAUUCGCUUAUUUUUACAGCGAUUUGCGGCCCACGUUCCUUUAUAACCUUGCGUUAUUUUCGUCUUAUUACAUUGUUUCUCUCCUUCGUUAUAUUUUGUCUUUAAUUUGGGCAAAUUUUGCAGAAACGUUCGUUUCUUGCGAGAAGCAAGUUUUUAACGAGUUCGUAUUCGUUUUACGUGGAAUCGAAAGCGAAAGCGCUUCUAUCUGGCGGAUCGAUCGCCGCUCGUAGAAAUCGCAAGAAUUCGUUCGGUCGAAAUAAUAACAAAAAUAGCAAAUGAAAGUGAAAAGGCGAACAAUUGGGCGAAGAAUCGGACGAAUCGUCGAGUUUUUCCACGACCAGGUCGUGCUACGUUCGAAAUCGACGAUAUAUCGCGCAAACACGAUGUACGCAAUCUGCUCGUGUUCGUCGAUGUGUUCGGUCGAGAAAUAAUUUUUGCGCCAACAGUUACGAUAAUUAAACGCUCGGGAUUAGUGUUCUCGCCCCCCCCCCCCCCAAAAAAAAAUCGUAUUAAAUAGAAAUAUUUUGCACGUACGAGCGUCGAUUACGUAAAGACACGGAAACGGAGACAAGACAGCCAAGUAUUAUUUUCAUAAUAUAUGCGUCGUUAAUCAUGAAUUCGAGGCGUACGAAAAAUGUCAAAGACUGGCGAUAUUUUUCGCUGGAGCAGCAGGAGCAGGAGCAAGAGGAGCAGGAGGAGCAGGAGGAGCAGGAGGAGCAGGAGGAGGAGGAGGAGGAGGAGGACGGGAGAAAAAGAGGAAAAGUCGACUGGACUUUCAAAGUCGAAUUUCAACGAAACCUCUCGGAGCGAUGUUCGUCGAAAACAGAGAGAACGACGAGGAAUUUGAACGAUCUUAAACGCGCACUCGACGCUUCGAAGACAAUACGAUCUUGUUAAUCAAACAAAAGUCAUCGUGCGCGAGUAAUUUUUUCAUGGCUGUUUCAACAUUCGGCUUCGGAACGAGCGAGCGCAAACGCGAGAAACGGUCGUCCGCCGAGGACGAAUUCUGUUUCCUAUCGGAUUCGGAUAAAUUUGUAGGCGCGUGCUACGUUGCGGCGAAAUUCGAUGAAGUAACGAGCCGGCCGAGACUUUACCUAAUCGCGCCAAUAAAAUAAGAAUGCUAAUUGCGCGCAACCGGCGAACGUAAAAUCUCGUGGAAGGAGCGUUAAACGCGCGCCCGAGACCGAGAGUGAAAGUUUUUGAAAGAAAACGAACCGCGAUGGGCAGGGCGCGGGACAGGCAAAAGAACGAAGAAGCUCGCUCGUCCGAUUCGAAGAUUCUAUCGCGGUUACGCGUACCCGCGUCCGUUCGACGAAGCGACAUAAACCGAAAAGCGGAGCAACCGCGUAUCGUGCGAUGCUCGCAACUCGCGUAGGCGACCGCUGGCAUUAGAAAACCAGUCGUACCACGUAUCUGCCGAGGUUUUGACUCCUUUUUCGCCGAGUCGCGUACUCGCCGAUUCGCGAUCUCGAUUCGUCGUACCGCCGACGGAGUUGCCAGUGACGAACGAGCUCGUCGACCGUCUCCGACGAUGCGUGGUACAGCGAACAGGUAGUAUUUCGACAAAUUAGAGGCGACUGAACGAAGAAGGAGGUGCGCGGCGUGACGUCGGCAAGCUCGUACGAGUCGAGCGGAGAAUUUUUAAAUAAAUCGACCGAUUCUGAAAAUUAAUUCGACGAAAACGCUCCCCUCGUCCGUGACCCUAAGGAAGCACGAGGCGAGAAGAGGAAAAAGGCGGUACCGAUAAAGGAGAACGGACAGAAAAAUAUCGCAGCGAUGGACACCAGUGGCGUGCCACCCAGAGGAUUUCUCUAUGGGAAUAAUCUUUGGUUAGGAGAUCAAAAAGGUUGCUAUAUGCUCUCUGAAAAUACCACGCUACCUCUCUCGGAGAAAACACGAAAGAACAAUUCGAUAUACCGGAAUCCGAACGAGGAGUUUCCACCUUUUCAGCUUCGUUUCUUUGUUGGACGUAUGUGGCACAAUAGCACCGUGCAAUAUCAUAUAGAAACGGAAAAGGAAAACAUGAUCACGCUUGGACUUUGUUUGCCGGCAUCCUGCAGCAAACGCGAUGUAGCCACGAUGCUGGAUAAAGUGUUCCACGACGAAACUCUUUUGAUCGGAAAACUUUUUUCCACUGGCUUCAAAUUGAUCGAAGUCAACGAUUUGGUGAACGAUCGUCAAUGGCUGCUCUCUGCGAAGAUGAUCUCCAUCAUGGGAUUUUUGCUAUUGUUAGUUGCUAUCGCGAUAGCAGCCACGCUAUACGAUUUGUUCGUAUACCGACGGGCAAAAGAACACAGGAAAAAGGAAUUUCUUACCUUUGAAAAUAACAAUACGAGCGAAUUGAAGAGCGAAGCAGAAGAGAAAUGCGAUACCGAUCACGAAGAACCGGUACUCUCAGAGUCGAAGCAGCAGAGUCGUCUCUUCCAGUAUCUUCUCUGUUUUUCGCUUGCUUCCAAUAUACAGCAAAUAUUUCAUCGCGAGAACAGCGAAGAUAAUACGCGUAUGUUCCACGGCCUGAAAUUCUUGGGAAUGGUAUGGAUUAUUACGGCGCACUCCGUCUUCUACUCGCUUCACACUAUAAGUAACAAAGUCGUUCUCUAUACGAUAACCGAUACUAUGCCCGCGCAAAUCCUAAGCAACGCGACGUAUUCCGUGGACACGUAUUUCUUCAUAAGUGGCUUUCUGUUAACGCAUAUAUUUCUGAAGCAACGAGAAAAAGACAAGAGAAUUCCGUCUAUUACAGCAAGGACGAGUCAACUUAUUAGAAUGCUCGUGAAACGAUACGUCAGGAUUACGCCUGCAUAUUUCAUCGUUAUAUUGAUCGUGAUACUGAAUUUUUCCUGGCAUGAUCGGGUCUCGUUAGUUCUUCCUCUUGAGCAACCGAGUUCGAAAUGCUCGAAAUAUUGGUGGACCAAUAUACUCUACAUCAACAACUUCUACAAUUGGGACGAGUUAUGCCUGACCUGGAGUUGGUACCUACCCAAUGAUAUGCAGUUCUUCAUAUUUGGCAGUAUUCUCCUAAUGUUAUCCGUCACACAUUACAAUAUCGCCCUGGGAAUAGGCGGUGUUACGCUGCUCUCGUCCAUAGGAUCAAGCCUUUACAUGGCGUACACUCUCGAUUACCAACCUUCAUUGGACGAACAAUAUAGGACGUUGACGUACCUUUAUGUACGGCCUUGGAUCAGAAUACCGCCGUAUCUCAUAGGAAUGAUCACGUGCCAACUUCUUUCAAAGUGGAAUUACGAAGUGGAUCUAUCAAAAAGAAGCUUGAUCAUUGGUUCGACAUUGGCUAUUUUAUGUAAUUCUGUGAUUCUAUUCGGCACGGUGAUCAGAGACAUGCCCUUGAGCAUAUCCGUCCUUUAUAUAGGCUUGAGUAGAGCAGGCUGGGCCAUGGGCAUUGCCUGGCUCAUAGUUACGUGCGCGACGAAUCACGCCGGUAUGGUGAGGAAAUUCUUGUCACUAAAUUUUUUCGUUCCUUUGAGUAGAUUAACCUACUGUGCCUAUCUCAUAAAUCCUAUUCUUAUACUUUCGUUACAUUCGAUACGUGUUUAUCCCUUUAUCGCCGAUGAAAUCGUGAUUGGUGCUUUGUCCCUUGCAAUGGUUAUCUGUACUUUUAUCCUUUCGAUUCUGAUAUCCGCAGUAGGAGAAGUGCCGUUUAUAUUGCUCCUUCGAUUACACAAUAAUCCACAAGGAAGAAAGAAAUGAGUGUACACUGAUAAAUGUCUCCGAGUCCUCUGAUCGAUAAACUAAUGGAACGAAGUCUCAC